AUGACAUAUUAGUGGAACGGACACGAAGGCGAAUAGUCGGAAAUUACAUUUUUUCAAGAAUAAAUUGUAGUGCUGAGUGCGCUUAUUUCAAUUCACAUGAUAGAAAUCGCAAAAUACGCAAUAACCGAACAUUAUAACACUGGGAUUGUGACUUAAUAAAGAUAUUGAAUAUCAAUAUGGGUAAAGCAAAAAAGGGCAAGAAGAAUCAAACCACUGAAGAGGGCGACAGCGAUAUUGAAACGACAAAUAUCAGCAAUGCGAAGCCGGUUCAGAAAGUAAAAAAAAUUGUUGAUUCUGAUGAAAGUGAAGAAGAAAAACCUAAGGCAAAAACAAAAUCGAAAAAGUCAAUUGAUGAAGAUGUAAAGGAAGUCACAAAGAAUUUAAAAAAUGUAUCCGUAACAAACAAGUCUCAAAAGAAAAAAGCUGAUGUAACUAGUGAAGAUGAGUCAGAUAGUGAACUAGAAGUGAAACCUAAAAAGGGAAAGAAAAAAGAUGAAAAGAAAAGUGUCUUUUCUUUAUUAGAAAUAGAGGAUGACGUCUCCCCACCUGAAGCACCUAUGUCGUCUGAAGAUGAAAAACCGGUCCAGAAGAAAGCUGCACCAGAAAAGAAAGAAACCACCGGAAAAAAAGGCAAGAAAGCCAAAAGAAAGAAGGAUGAUAGUGAUGAUGAUAUUGAAAAAGUCCUUGCUGAAUUAGAAAUGGAAUAUGCUGGUGUUAAAAAGGAACCUACUCCUGCUCCAGAAUCUGCCCCAAAACCUCAAGAACCUGUUGAAGAAAAACUUAAAACAAAAAAGAAAGGUAAAAAGGAUGAACCCAAAGAAGAAAUUGUAGAGGUAAAGGAGGCUGAUGAUAAUAAAAACGAUAGUGAAAAUGAAAUUGAUGUUAAAGUUAAAACAGCUGCUCAAAAGAAAAAGGAAAAAAAAGAAAGAGAAAAGUUGAAGAAACAAGAAGCCAAAAAGAAAGAAAAAGAUCAUGAAGACCGAAAAGAAGUUGGUGAAGGAAAACAAAAGGCAACUGAAAAAAUAGAACCUAAGCCCAUUGAAGAACCUAAAGAAGAACUUAUACCUCCUUCAGAAGAUAAAGAGGAAGGUGAUACUCCUGCCGCUGAAGGAAAGAAAAAGAAAAAAGGUGAAAAAGAGAAAGAAGAUAAGGGCAAGAAGGGGCCAACAAAAAAAACUAUUGCUGCUAUGCAAGAAGCAUUGAAGAAAGUUAAAGAAGAAGAGGAACGUUUACAAAAAGAGGAAGAAGAAAGAUUAAAGCAGGAGGAAGAGCGUGAGCAGCAGAGGUUAGAAGCUAUUCGAUUAGAGAAAGAGAAGAAAGAAAGAAAAAAGCAAAAGGAGAAGGAGAGAAAAGAAAGACUUAAAGCUGAGGGUAAACUACUUACUCCUAAACAAAAGGCUGAGAAAGCUAGAGCUCAAGCUUUGUUAGAAUCAUUAAAAGCUCGUGGUGUUGAAAUCGGAUCAACUGAAAAGAAACCACCUAGACCUGGAACAAGGGUUAAACCUGGAAAACUUAAAAGUCAAAUGUCGCAAGAUGCCCCACUGACUCCCAUGGAAGAGAAAAAAGUUGAACUUGAGAUUGUUGAUGCUAAGCAGGAAGAACUCCAAAAAGUUGAUUCAGAAAAAAAAGAGUCAGAAGUAGAUUUAGUGAAAGAUUCUUGGGAUGCUGAAUCUUCUGAAGAUGAGACAGAGCCCGAAACAAAACAAGAAUCUGUGACUCCAGUCAAUGCAAAGAAGCCAGGCACGCCCGAACCUAAAUCGAAGGAUGAUGAUGAAGAGGAAAGUUCUAAAGAUGAAGAUGAAAGUUCAGACGAAGAGACCAGCUCCGAUGAAGAUGAUGAAGACACAAAGAGGACCGAUGCAGAAAAGAAAAGAGAAAUAGUAUUAAAGAGAUUAGAGAAACGUCGUCAAGAUAACGAAGCAAACAGAGUCAACAAUCCAUUACGUGCGGCCGUCGUAUGUGUCCUCGGUCACGUAGAUACAGGAAAAACCAAGAUUUUGGACAAACUUCGAAGGACUAACGUACAAGACGGCGAGGCUGGUGGCAUCACUCAACAGAUUGGUGCAACUAAUGUUCCCAUUGAGAAUAUCAAGGAACAAACAAAACACGUCAAAGGGGUAAGUGAAAUAGCUUUCAAGUUGCCUGGACUACUCAUCAUCGACACACCAGGCCACGAGUCCUUCAGUAAUUUAAGAAGCAGAGGAUCAUCACUCUGUGAUAUUGCUAUCCUUGUAGUUGACAUAAUGCACGGAUUGGAACAGCAAACUAUUGAGUCUAUCAAUUUACUGAAACAGAAGAAGACACCGUUCCUGGUGGCCCUGAAUAAGAUAGAUCGUUUGUACGAUUGGCAGAGUGCUCAACGUAAAGAUAUAAGGGAUAUAUUGAAACUGCAGCAGCCAAAUACUCAGCUGGAAUUUGAAAAACGCAGUAAAGAUGUAAUGUUGCAAUUCGCUGAACAGGGCUUAAACGCAGCUCUGUUCUACGAUAACCCGGAUCCGCGUACGUACGUGUCUCUGGUGCCGACAUCGGCUGUGACCGGCGAAGGUAUGGGCAACCUGUUGGCGAUGAUCAUCCAGGCUUGCGAGGGACCACUGCACAAGCGACUCAUCUUCUCGCAGCAGCUGCUCGCAACUGUACUCGAGGUGAAAGCGAUCCCCGGCUUGGGAACAACCAUAGACGCGAUCCUUAUUAACGGUACUCUGCACGAGGGCGACACGAUGGUACUAGCCGGCACCGACGGACCCAUCGUCACACAGAUCCGGUCCCUCCUCAUGCCGCAACCCAUGAAGGAGCUGCGAGUUAAGAACGCAUACAUCGAGCACAAAGAAGUCGUAGGAGCACAGGGUGUUAAGAUCGCAGCGAAGGAACUCGAAAAGGCUAUCGCUGGACUGAACUUGCUUGUCGCUCAGAAACCGGACGAAGUUGAUGUUCUGAAGGAGGAGGUGGCUAAAGAAUUGAAAUCAGCCCUGUCGUCUAUAAAACUAUCCGAACGAGGUGUCUACGUCCAAGCUUCGACUCUGGGUUCGCUUGAAGCUCUUCUGGAGUUCCUCAAAGCUAGCAAAAUUCCGUACUCAGCCAUUAGGAUAGGACCGGUAGUAAAGCGUGACGUCAUGAAGGCUUCCGCCAUGUUGGAACAUGACUCUCAAUACGCGACUAUACUGGCUUUUGACGUCAAGAUCGAACGCGACGCCCAAGAGCUAGCCGACCAGCUCGGCGUGAAGAUAUUCGCGGCCGACAUCAUUUAUCACUUGUUCGACAAGUUCACGGCGUACCGGGAGGAACUCAAGCAAAAGAAACGAGAGGAGUUCAAACAUAUCGCGGUGUUUCCUUGCAAACUCAAGAUCCUGCCGCAGUUCGUUUUCAAUUCCCGUGACCCCAUCGUUGCCGGCAUCAUGGUCGAGGCUGGCGUAGUCAAAGAGGGAACCCCUAUUUGCGUUCCCAGUAAAGAGUUCGUGGAGUUGGGCAUCGUUACGUCGAUAGAGGUGAACCACAAACAAGUGGAGACCGCUAGGAAGGGUCAGGAGGUCUGCAUCAAGAUCGAGCCCAUACCCGGGGAGUCGCCCAAGAUGUUCGGACGACACUUCGACGAGACCGAUAUGCUAGUCAGCAAGAUAUCGCGUGCCAGUAUCGACGCGUGCAAGGAUUACUUCCGGGACGACCUCAUCAAGACCGACUGGCAGUUGAUGGUUGAACUGAAAAAACUCUUCCAGAUCCUCUAAGAGGUCCCUUCGCGCCGUUGGAUCUCAUGUAACGCUCUCCGCGCCGCCACGCCACGUGGCCUCUCCACAAGAAACCUUGUCUAUUCCAUCUACCAGCAGACCUUAAUCCGUUGUAAUAUAGAAUCUCAAGUUUUAUAAACAUCAUAAUCCCUAAUUCAGUUACCGUUUUGUACAUUUUAAUAACGAGAGAAUGCUAUUGAGUGUCGGCACUCCCGUACCCCGCGAGAGAUAUCUUCACAACAAUUCCAUUUGUAUCUCUAAUAAUUUGUAAAUAUCAAAUACAAACAAGUUUUAUCGGUUUAUGAAAAGUCAUCUUUUAAAUUUAGUGAAGGUUUUUUUUAAAUGUUUAAUUCGUGUUUUGUUCGAUCGAUUUUGAUGGAAAACUCUUUUGAAUACGAAACAACAACGUCUCCCAGCAUCAUUAAUAUAAAUUAUUAUAUCGUUUGUAAAUACGACCCGAAUGAAUUUACAAUAAAUUUGACUAAUGUAAAUAUAUUAAAAGCUUCUCUGUCUCUGCGUGUUUGAAUAAAAAAAUGUCAUUGUGCAAUAAACGAUCUCGCCUGAAUUGCGUUGUGACGUAAUUUGAAAAGUUUAUUUAUUAGGGGUGUAUAUUGAAGAAUAUCAACUUGGAUAUAUCGUCAAUCAGUUGACGACUAGUGAUGUGUUCGGAUGAGGUUAGCUUCGUUCGGUGUUUUCUUCUUCGGCGUGUGGAGGUCGUGUAUUGUACAGGAACGGUGUAAUUUAGUUGAGAUCUGUGUGCUUAGUGCGAGUUUUUUAACGCUCUCGAUAGCGUAAAAGUUAAGUCAAAUUUGUAUGGAGUUGGAACGUUUGCCAAUGUUUGCCGCUAGGGGCACUGUUCCAGAUCCAUACAAAAUUGACUUAACUUUUACGCUAUCGAGAACGUUAAAAAACUCGCACUAAAAAUAUCUUUCUCGGGAUUCAACGUCCGGUCAGCCUGACGUGAGCGCGUGCGGCGUCAAUAGCAAUGGGAGGUUGUAAUUUUGUAUCGUAGAUAUUUCCUUUUUCGAAAAGCUUUGUAUUAUAUAGAUGGAAUCAGACAUAUUCUUAUAAUGAAGAAGUUUUAUUAAAUUAUAAAAUUCAA